AUGCAGGAGAGGCGAGAUGAGGAAGCGCGCAAGGCAGAGGCCAAGCGCAAGGAGGAGCCAGAGCGCGCGGCGGAGGGCGAGAGAUCCAUGAAGGCGUCGAAAGAGGAGGCGGACCGCAGGGCGGAGGCCGAGAACAAUGCGGAGGCCGAGCGCAAGGUUGAGACCGAUCGCAAGGCGGAGGCCGAGCGCAAGAUAGAGGGAGAGCGCAAGAUAGAGGCAGAGCGCAAGGCGGAGGCCGAGCGCAAGGCCGAGGCCGAGCGCAAGGCCGAGGCCGAGCGCAAGGCGGAGGCCGAGCGCAAGGCCGAGGCCAAGCGGAAGAAAGAGGCCGAGCGCAAGGCGGAGGCCGAGCGCAAGGCCGAAGCCGAGCGUAAGGCCGAGGCCGACCGCAAGGCGCAGGCCAAGGCUAAGCGCAAGGCUGGUGCAGAGGCAGUGGCCGAGGCUGCGAAGGAGGCCGAGCGCAAGGCGGAGGCCGAGCGCAAGGUGGAGGCCGAGCGCGUGGCAGAGGCCGAGCGCAAGGCGGAGACCGAUCGCAAGGCCCAGGCCGAGCGCAAGAUCGAGGCCGAGCGCAAGGCGGAGGCCGACCGCGUUGCCAAGGAAGACGCCAAGCGGCAGGCGGAGGCCGAGCGCCAGGCGCAGGCCGAGGCCAAGCGCAAGGUGGAGGCCGAGCGCAAGGCGGAGGCCGAGGGCGUGGCCAAGGAGAAAGCCGAACAGAGGGCGGAGGCCGAGGCCAAGCGCAAGGUGGAGGCCAUGCGCAAGGCGGAGGCCGAGGGCGUGGCCAGGGAGAAAGACGAACAGAGGGCGGAGGCCAAGCGCAAGGCGGAGGCCAAGGCAAUGGCCGAGGCCGCGGAGGCCAAGCGCAAGGCCGAGUAUGUGGCCGAACGCAAGGCUGAGGCCGCGCGCAAGGCAGAGGCCGAGCGCAAUUCGCAGGCUAAGCGCGAAGAGGACGAGCGUUGGGCCAAGGAGUUGGCCAAGGAGGAGGCCGAACGCAAGGCGAAGCUGCAAGCGGGGGCUGCGGCGGAGGAGGCCAGGAAGGAUGCUGAGCUGGCGGCGGCGGAGGAGGCCAAGCGCGUGGCACAGGAGGUGCAAGCCGCGCAUGAGUCCGAGCGCGCAGCACGCCGGCAGGCCAAGAGGGCCAAAUAUGCCAAGCAGGCGGCGGCGGCGGCCAAGAAGCGGGCGGAGCGGCAGGAGGCUCAGCGCAAGAUCGAGGCCGAGGAGGCUGUGCAGGCGGCGGCACAGGCGGCGGCGAAGGCGCAGGCGAGGGCGAAUGAGGCUACUGCGGCGAAGGAGCCGAAGGCAGCGAAGGACAUCACGAAGAAGGAGUUUGCGAAGCCGAAGCCUGCUCGGGAGGUGACUGACGCACGAGCCGUCGGCGACCCCCACGUGGUGAACAUGUACGGACAGCGCUUCGACAUCCAGAGGGAGGGCAAUCACACGCUGAUCCACAUUCCCAGGAAUGCGGAGCCCACAGCCACCCUGCUGAAUGUGAACGGUGAGGUUUACCACAUGGGCGGCGCUUGCGCGGACAUGUAUUUCCAUUCAAUUUCCGUACAGGGCAAGUGGGCAGCAGACUUGUCGUUAUCGCUGAGCAAAGGGAAAACACGCAGCGCUGGCUUCAACUUCUUUGCGGACGCAGCUCACGAGAGCAACAGCACGCACUGGACGCGCUUCGGCAGCAAGCUGGAUCUGAAGAUUGUCUGGGGCAUGACUAUCACUGGCGUCCGCUACCUCAACAUCCUCGUCAAGCAUCUGGCCGACGUGCAGUUCUCCGUCGGCGGUCUCCUCGGCGGGGACGACCACUCGACCAUCGCGACUCCGGUGGUGGACUGCAAGCGCACGGUCUCGCUCUUGUCCAUCGGGAGCCACCCGGGCGCGGGCGUGUCGAAGAGCGACGGCUCUUUCGACGAGCUGGCGCAGGUGACGCACGAUUCUGAUUACCACUGA